AUGGCACUCUUUCCGGCCUACGCGUAUUUAGCCGAUAAAAACAAAGAAAAUAUUGAAGAUUCUGCUUUUAAUGAACCUGACAAUUAUCCGGAUGAGGCGACAGAAUCUCAAUUACUUGUCAGUGAUGAAAAUUCAGAAGAUGAGAAAACAAAUAAGGAUGAUUAUGAAUCUGCAAAAUCUUUGUGUAAUUCUAAUAUAAUACCAACCAGCACAAACUUUUAUAUUGACUGUAAACUUGAUUAUGGAAAUCUCAGGGUAUCAACAUUAUAUUACCCUGGCCGACCUCAAUACGAGUAUUAUGGGGUGGACAGAGCCCUGGGGGAAAGAGAUCACUUAAGAGAAAGUCGCAAGCGUCGGUAUUAUAGUAAGCGUAUACCAGAUGAACCUGAAGCACCUGCAGUGGCUGAGCGCACUGAAGCUUACCGUCUACUUAUAGCUCAGACUCCAGAUGAUAUUAUGCUUUGGGAAAGAUAUAUCGAUUUCCAGGAGGCGUGCGGCGGCGAGGAGGCGGCGCUCCGCGCGGCGGAGGAGGCGGCGGCGCGGCUGCCGGCGGCCGCGCGCCUGCGCCGGCGCCGCCUGGCCGCGCUGCGCCGCGCGCUGCCGCCGCACCGCUACCUCGAGCGGCUGCGCGACAUGCUCGCCAAUGAGAGUUUUGCAGAGAAGUGUGCGGAGACGCGCACGUGUCUGUGGGAGCACCUGCUGGAGGCGCUGGCGGCGACGCCGGAGUGCGGCGCGGCGGGCGCGGCGGCGGCGGCGGCGGCGGCGUUGCGCGGCGCGGCGGGCGGCGGCGGCGCGCCCGCGCUGCUGCACGCGGCCGGCGCCGGCCUACGCGCUGCCGGCCACUGGGAGCGCCUCGUACUGCUGCUCGACCUGCUCGUGGCCAUGAACUACGCGCCCGCCACGCUCGCGCUGCCCGACGCCGCGCUGCAGGCGCGCGCCGACCGGAGCCUGGCGGACCUCGAGGACAAGGUGACCACGCGCACUUCCUGCACCCAGGGUGGAGCUUUCUGCUACGUCGAGCUCACUUCAUGUGUAUGUGUGUGUGUGCAGGCCAUAGCGAGCGGGCUGCCGCUGAGCGCGGUGUGGGUGCGCGUGGAGCGAGCGCGCGCGGCGGCGCACUGGGCGCCGGUGGGGACUGGCGCGGCGGCGGGCGCGGACCCGCAGCGCGCGCCGCUGGCGCACGACGUGGCCGAGCUGCUGCAGCCGGUGGCCGGCGCGGAGCUGGCGCGCCUAUCGCUGCGGCUGCUGGCGCUGGCGCAGGUGCCGGCGCUGCCGGGCACGCAGUGGGCGGCGCGGUUGCUGGGCGGCGCGGCGCGCGCGGACUGCGCGGCAGAGGCGCUGCUGCCGCUGCUGGAGGCGGCGCGCGCGCUGCCGCCGGCGCACCCCGCCGCCGCCGCCGCCGACCCGGCCCUGGCGAGCCGCGUGCUCGCGCUGCUGCUCGACCCACCACACUACUUCACUGAUGAUAAUGGUUAUUUAAGCUGGGUGAAUUCUUUGUGGGACGCGUGCAUCGCGCGGGCGGGCGGUGGCGCGGCCGUGGCGCUGCUGUGCUGGCGCCUGCGCUGGCUGCGCGCGCUGCUGGCGCUGGCGCCGCGCGACGCGCCCGGCCGCCGCGAGGCCGCGCGCCUGCGCGCCGGCGCGCGCGCGCUGCUGCGUCCGCCGCCCGCCUCGCCGCUGCCCGCCGCCGAGUUCGCGCGCGUGGAGCGCGAGGCGGCGGGCGCGACGCGCGCGCUGCACGUGGCCACGCAGGCCCUCCGCGCCGCGCUCGCCGACCCCGACUGUCCGCGGCACCAUGCCAUCUACAUAGCGAGGGUAGUGUGCGAAGUGAGUUGGGAAGGCGGGCCACAGGAGAGUGCGGCGGGCGCGUGCGCGCUGGUGUGCGCCGUGCUGGGCCGCGUGCCGCCCGCCGAGCUGGCCGCGCCCGUGCCGGCCGACCUGGACGCGGCGCUGGAUGAGUGCGAGCGGCGGUGCGCGGCGCUGGAGCACGAGCUGGAGGCGGGCGGCGACGCGGGCGUGGGCGGCGGCGAGGGCGCGGAGGCGCUGCUGCCAGGCGCGGGCGAGUGGGCGCGCGCGCGCGCCGCACUGGCGCCACCGUCGCGUCGCGAGCGGCUGCUGCGCGCGCUGCGCGGGGCGGCGGCGCGUGCGCGGGCCGGCGGUGGCGCGGCGGCAGCGCGCUACUGGGAGGAGGGCGCGGAGGCGCUGUGCGGCGCGCGCGGUGUGCGCGGGCGGGCGGGCGGCGUGCGCGCGGCGCAGUGGGCGCGCACGCUCGCGCCGCUUUUUUCCCGCAAAUGCGUACCUCGCACUGGCGCAGGCGCGCCGCUGUGGGCGCUGUGGGCGCGCGGCGAGGCGGCGGCGGGCGGGGCGGAGGGGGACGUGGGCGCGCUGGCGGCGCUGCUGCCGCCGCUGCUGCGCGCACUCCGUACCGACUUCGCACCCACAGGUGACUGUGCUCGUAAAAUGGAC